AUGCCGGGCCAAGAAUCCAACACCAGCAACAGCAACAACUGGCGCCGCAAGACGCCGGCCACGGAACGCAAGAACAGCGACGCCGAGCACAAGAAGAAGAAGCCGCGUCGUGGCGGCCGCCGCAACAACAAGAACGCCAAUGGCCAGGCUAAUGGCCAGGCCGCCGCGCCGCCGGCCCCUGUUGCUGCUUCCCCUGUGAAGCAGGAGGCUGCGCCCGUGCAGGCCUCCAAGCCCACGAACCUGGACUACCUGUCGGAUGUUCUGUUUGCGUCGCUGGACAUCUCGGCCAAGACCAAGCGUGCCAUCGUGGAAGACCUCAAGUACGAGCGUCUCACCAACGUGCAGAACGAGACGUUCCCGCUUAUUGUGGAUGGCAAGGACGUGCUGGCCAAGGCCAAGACGGGCAACGGCAAGACCAUCGCCUUCUUGCUGCCGGUUAUCGAGAACAUGGUGAAGGAGGGACGUCGCUCCGGCGUCAUCCCGACGCUGGCCAUCUCGCCGACGCGUGAGCUGGCACUACAGAUCGCGACGGAGGCCAAGCGCCUUACCAAGUUCCACGACCUCAAGGUUGCUUGCUUUGUGGGUGGUGCCAACAUCAAGAAGGAUGAGCGCACGCUCACCAGCAGCGACCCGAUCGACAUCCUCGUUGCCACCCCUGGACGUCUUGUCGACCACUUGAAGCAGAACACUGGCAAGAUCGCCGACCGACUCGGCAAGGCCAGUGUGUUGAUUCUGGACGAAGCUGACCGCCUGCUGGACAUGGGCUUCCGCCCCGAUGUCAUGCGCAUUAUCGGAUACCUGCCGAAGGAGCGUCAGACGCUUCUGUUCAGCGCCACGCUGCCGGCCUCCACCGAGGAGCUGAAGCAGGUCGCGCUGCGCAAAGACUACUCGUUCGUGGACACGAUCGAUGAGAACGAGGCCGACACGAAUGUGCAGACCGAGCAGGAGUACGUGGUGUGCAAGAUGGAGGAGGUGAUCCCCAUGGUGGAGCGUAUCCUGGCUGCGCACAUGAAGCUGCCGGCGUACAAGGUGAUGCUGUUCUUUCCCACAGCUCGCUCGGCGCAGUUCAUGGCCCAGCUUUUCCAGGCUGCGGGCUUCCCUGGUGUCCUGGAAAUUCACUCCCGCAAGAGUCAGGCGGUGCGCACGAAGACGGCCGAGGCCUUCCGCAAGGGCCACAAGGUCAUGAUGUUCUCGUCGGACGUGUCGGCCCGUGGUGUUGACUACCCCGAUGUCUCCCUCGUCCUGCAGGUCGGCCUCACCGACCGCGACCAGUACAUCCACCGUCUUGGUCGUACGGCCCGCGCUGGUAUGAAGGGCAAGGGCGUUCUUGUCCUCGCUGAGUUCGAGACGCCUCUGCUGGACAAGCUGUCUGACCUGCCUCUUGAGCCGAGCAAGACCCACACCACUGCGAUGCUGGAGCCGUCGCAGUCGCGCGCGUUGGGAGUUGUCAAGAACCUGAAGCGCUACUCUGAGGUAGAGAAGUCGGCGCAGCAGUCGUACCAGGCGUGGCUUGGCUUCUACAACUCCAACUCGAAGCGACUGAAGCUGAAGCCCGAGCAGCUUGUCCACCUUGCGGCCGAUUACAGCAGCAUCGUCGGUCUGGACGAGGUGCCGAAGCUUGAGAAGAAGACCCUGAAGAAGAUGAACCUCCUCGGCGUGCCUGGCAUCGAGCCGUCGCCCUACACGCGUGACAGCAGCGGCAACUUGACCGGGGGCCGUGGAGGUGGCCGUGGCGGCGGGAACCGUGGUGGCUUCGGUCGCAGAUAAACCACCAAGGAAUCUGCUGAGGCUGCCAGAACUAGUAGAACGCCAAGUGACUUCCUCAUCAUUAGAACCCAAUCGUAAUUUAUUGCAACGAAGGAUGAGUCGGUUGACUAGAACAUA